CUGCCAUAUUUGGCUCCUCCACCGAAUCAAGCUGCAUAUCCCAAUCAUCGGCAUCUUCUCCAAGAGACCCGCUUGUUGAUAUAACUUCUGCUAUCAAUAAUUUAAGUCUUACUAUUUCCGAACCCGCCACGCCAGAGGUCAAAUCAGUCCCUCAGACCCCCUCUUCAUAUACCUCACCAGAUUUAAUACAUUUAAACCCUCUUCUUCAAUCCUACCAUGCAGACCGCGGCCAUACCCUUGAAAUACGGAAAUGGGACCAGGUCUUCGAGGGCGCAUCAUCAAUAGUCAAGAUUGCAGAGGCGAGUUACGCAGAAGUAUAUCGAAUCACCGUCAAAAAUGUCAGCUCUAUCAUAAAAGUUAUGCCACUAAGACUGCCCUCCGAUCCCCCGUCUAUGGAAUCCGAAGUCGCCGUUUCAGUAGAGCAAGUUGUCUCCGAGAUUCGCAUCAUGAACAUAAUGACAGAGGUUCCUGGUUUUGUUUUAUUCAAGGAAGCUCAUCUUCUUAAAGGAAAGCCCUCUGAUGCCAUUAUCAGUGCCUGGGAUGAGUAUAACUCCCAAUCUACUGAAGGCAGCUUCUUCCCUCAUCCUGCCUCCUACUCCGAUAGCUCUAUCUUUUUAGUGGUUGAGCUUGGCGAUGCCGGCGAGGUUCUAGAACAUUUUGAGGUCAACAGUAUAGAAAAGUUAUGGGAUAUCUUUCUCGGUGUUGUUAUGGCAUUAAGCCGUGCUGAGAACUUUGCUGAGUUUGAGCAUCGCGACCUUCACGAAAAUAAUAUUUGUAUCUCUACCCGCGAACGGUCCAAAGUGUCACAUAGCCUUCCUGAGGCUAUCAAAUUUGGUCGGUCGAAUCUGGAAGUGACGCUAAUCGACUAUGGACUGUCACGCGCAAAAAUGCCAAACGGUGAUGUUGUGUUCUUCGACUUAGAGUCAGAUCUCGAGGUAUUUCGGGGAGAAGAUGGCAAGGCUCAGUUUGAUACCUAUAGGCGGAUGAGAACCCACUUAUUCACUGGCAAGCAUACAAUGUUCAAGCGUAACUGGCAUACGGAGACAUCACGCUCAAAAAAUAGUGGGCAUACCUGGGCCGAAUACACGCCGUACUCUAACGUGCUCUGGAUCAAAUAUCUCUUGAAAUGGCUGAGGACAGCUUACCUCAAGGCUAUAGCUCCCAGUGAUGAUUCCGUUGAAUGGAAUCGUACUGAAGGUCUUAGUAAGCUCAAUAAAAAAUUAGAUGUGAGGACCAAAUAUGGUGCAUUUGAGAGUGCUACCGAUGUUUUGGUUUUUGCGGCCGAACAGGGAUGGAUCAGUGCUGAGCAGAUGGAGAGCUAUGGGGUAGACUCUUCGAUUCUAAGUCAAUAAGUGGAGGGCCUUGGUCUGGACGUAUGGGUUGGCUAUUAUUGUGGCAUUCUUUGAGGCGUUUUUGGAAAAAGUAAAUGGGGGGUGCAUAGCGACGGUGCAUACUUGGAAAGGGGUGGGCCAAAAUUACUGUUUUCGAAAGCUAUGACCAUUAUAGUGGUUCGUUAUCCCUAAAAAACGAACUACUUGUCCUGUGCAAUACCUUUGGAUACAUUUCAACUAUAGGGCAGCGUUCAAAUAGUCCAUCUGCUCGGGAGUCGGAUCCUCUUACAGCCAUUGCGACCUAGGCUCAUAUGCCAACUUAUAUAGCACUUUCAACUAUCUACUACUCUAAAUACU